ACGAUAUCUAUGAUAAACUGAUUUCACAUUACUAUGGAGAUAAUAAGGAUAACAAUUCCAUUAGUAGUUAUAUGUGGUAUUCAACUGGUAAUGAUGAUUGUGAUGAUAAUGAUUACCUUCUCUAA